GUCCCUGUCCUCCCCUCACACCCCCCGCUGUUAAAGCCCAGUCUGCGGGCGAGCGGUUCGUGAGGGGAAUGUCCUCGCGAAGGACGUCUGUGGCCGUAAACUAAAUCCCAAGAAGUUUCACCUCCACGUGAGGAAGAACUUCUCUCUGUUGAGGGUGGCAGAGCCUGGAACAGCUGCCCAGGGCCGUCGUGGAGUCUCCCUCUCUGGAGACAUUCCAACCCACCUGGACGGGUCCCUGGGUGACCUGCUCUGGGUAACCCUGCCUUGGCCUGGGGUUGGACUGGGACUCUCCAGAGGUCCCUUCCAACCCUAACAAUUCUGUGAUUCUGUGCACGUCCUCAUGAAAGACAUUUUUAGGACGAAAUUCUCCCCUGUGAGGGUGGUGAGGCCCUGGCACAUGUUGCCCAGAGAAGCUGGGGCUGCCCCUGGAUCCCUGGAAGUGUCCAAGGCCAGGUUGGACGGGGCUUGGAGCAACCUGGGCUAGCGGAAGGUGUCCCUGCCCAUGGCAGGGUUUUGGAAUGAGAUGAUCUUUAAGGUCCUUUCCAACCCAUAACAUAUUUUUCUGUGAUUCUGUGAGGAGCACAGUGCUGUCCUGGCUGUCUCUGCCGGCACCUCUGAGGGCAGAGGGGUUCUCCAGAGGGACAGCUGGCUGGACACAUCUGCCCUCAGGACAGUAUCAUUUGAUUUAGAAUUACAGGCUUGAAGUCCCUUUGUUUUAGCACAGGAAGGGCAGAGCAAGGAAUCCUUCCCAACUCCUUGUCUCCCAGAUUUCCAAUAUAACUACAGAUGAUCCUUCCCACACUUCACUUUUUUUUUUGCUCCGUGUUCAUGGAUAUUUUUGAGGUUUUUUUCAUCAAAGGCAGACAUUUGACUGGCCAAGGUUUGUAGAGACUUCUUUAUCUCUAGUGGGUUAAAAUCAAACAGAAGGUGCCCAGGAAAAGAGUGACUCUGGUCACUUCCUGCAUUUGUUCUGAUUUUGGGGUGGGAGCUGCCCUCUGCCUGAGGUAGGUACCUAUCAGUGAUAGUAUAGGUAUAUUUUAACCCCAGUUCCCUGUCUAAAUUGCCCCAUAACUUUAGGAACUUCCAAAUAUUUACAUAAUAACUGUCAUAAACAUCAGCAUCCCGGGGUUAGUGCUUCAAAAUGAUGAAGUUUUUCUUUUGUUGCUGGCAGAAUUUGUUUCCCAGUGCUAUCAAUUAAGCCUGGCUCUAGUGAGUUCAUGUACUUACCCCUUCCCAAAAGGCUGAAUAUUGUCUCUCUUUGCCUUACUGGAAGCACUGAGGGUGACAGUAAAUCUCCUUGUGCAGGACUCUCUUCUGGGAAGUAAAGUCAUUCUCAAUACUUAAUGAGACUAUUUUUAAUUUAAAUCAGUGUUUAUUCAAAUUUUUAGUUAACCCCAACCUUAACAUUCUCUGUAGUGAUUAAAAUACUGUGUUCACUUGCAGAAUAGUCUUCCCUUUCAGCUUGGAGGUAGCAGGGCUGGGAAGAAAGAGGCCUCAUAGGGAAAGGCCUCUGUUUUUGUUCUGUCAAUACUUGUCUGUCAUUACUCAGAACGAAUGACUCCUUAUCUGUUAUGCUGUUAUCUUAAUUAAGAGGACUCUGGUGUAUCAAAGUGAAGAUUGCAGUGGUCAACUAAUGGUUCUUCUGGGGAUGAAUGUUUCACUGUGGUAGAAAGGUCAAAACAUAGGUUAAAGAGACAUUUAAUCCCACAGUUUUCUUCCCAAAUCCAAGCAGAUGUCACAGCCCUUUUCUGCUGUAAUUGUGUCAGAAGUAAGCAGAAUCCUAAAAUGUGAGACAUUCACUUAUCAGCUACACCAAUAAAAAUAAGCUUGAGCUAAAAACACUGGUAAAGGCCAAAGCAGAUAAGCUGGUUAGUGAAAUCAUAUCUUUGGGGCCUGGUAACUCUAAUGCCUCUGUUCUCCUGACCUCCAUGAGCUGCUCUGUGCUGGAGCAAAUCUCAGCUGCAAGAAGCAACUCUGUUCAGUGAUGUGCAGCUUCCUCCUUUGUCUGAGGUUAGUGCAAGAUGUUCUCAUUUGCAAAGGAGGGGAUUUUUUCUUUUCUUUUUGCUUUCUCAGAGAAGAAGGAGGGAGCAGUUAAUAGAACUGGAGCAUGUUCAUCCUCUGCUGCUCUGUGAUUAUGUGCUGGAACUGUAAUUUCUUCUGCUAUACCUUUUGGGGCAGAAUGAUAUGGAUACAACCGAGGAGAAUGUUACCUGUGAGAUGAGUUAUUUGGGUAUGGCACAUUCAUUGGCCUGCUGAGUGUCAGCCAGCCAGUUUGGGUAUCACCAAAUGUGUUGGACUAGUGCCAAACAUGAAAAUGAAGAGGUUCUGACUUGCUGCUCGCACAGAAGGGUUUAACUGCAUGGCACAGCCAUGAGAUCUCGUGCCCAAAUGAACCACCAAGAGAACGGAGCUUCUGAAGGAGUGCAACAGGGAAGAAAAGCUAAUUUUUAUAUUGCACCCCCAGGGAUCCUGUUGGAUAUACAGAAAUACUUUGGGCUCAGCGAUGGGAAGACAGGUCUGCUGCAGACAGUGUUCACCUUGUGUUACAUGCUGGCUGCCCCCAUCUUUGGAUACCUUGGAGACCGCUACAACAGGAAAAUCAUCCUUGGAGCUGGGAUUCUCUUCUGGUCUGGUGUCACCUUGGGCAGUUCCUUCAUCACUGAGUCGUAUUACAGGAUAUUUGUUCUCUCACGAGGACUGGUUGGCAUUGGCACAGCCAGUUACUCCACCAUAGCACCCACCAUCAUUGCAGACCUGUUUGAGGAAGGAAAAAGGACCACAGUGUUAUCUAUCUUCUAUAUCUUCAUUCCAGUGGGAAGUGGCUGUGGUUACAUGCUGGCAGCUGGCAUGGCACAGAGCACAGGGGACUGGCACUGGGCAUUCAGGGUAACUCCUUGCAUGGGAGGGCUAGCACUGGUCCUCCUGAUUCUCCUGGUCCCUCCCAGGAUCCAGAGAAGGACAGCGAGACACAGAGCACUGAGCAUCUCCGGCACAAGGCGAGGAGCAGAUGAGACACCAGGUGUACCCAGAACUGCCAAGACUACUUGGUGUCAAGAUGUUGGAUCCCUUGCCAAGAACUGCAGUUUUGUCUGGUCCUCACUGGGUCUGACAGCCAUGGCCUUUGUCACUGGAGCCCUGGGAAUGUGGGUACCACUGUUCCUGUACAGGGCUCAGCUUGUCCAGGGCAUUGUCCCCCCCUGCCUCCAGGAAUCCUGCAAUUCAUCCAACAGCCUGAUCUUCGGAGGCAUCACCGUCGGGACAGGAAUCGUGGGGGUCGUCGCCGGGGCAGAGGCCGCGAGGAGAUUAAGGAAGAUGUACAACAAAGCUGAUCCUCUGAUCUGUGCCACCAGCAUGUUCAGCUCUGCCCUGUGCCUCUACACAGCUCUCAUGCUGGCCCAGACCAGCAUCCUUUCCACCUUUAUUUUUAUUGCAUUUGGAGAACUGUUUUUAUCUGUGAACUGGGCUGUUGUGACAGACAUACUGCUGUACGUGGUGACCCCGAGGCGCCAGUCCACGGCCAUCGCCCUGCAGAUCCUGCUGAGCCACCUGCUGGGGGAUGCAGGCAGCCCGUACCUCAUCGGGGCUGUAAGUGAACUCCCUGCUUCUGGAGCCUUCCUUAGGGGAAAACUGCCACAAACUGAAACACAGAACUGUAGUUUUGGACUACCUGGUCCAACACUACAAAUUACUUAUAUUGCUCAUACUGGUUCUAGAACACAGACGUUAUUUUUUACCUGCAUGAAACCCCUGAUCCUGUGACACUGCAGGUGGGUAGAAUAUAAUCCUAUAUAGAAUAUAAUCCUAUCCAUGCAGUGUGUAGAAAUCUAUUUUGAUUUGAAAUGUGAAAACCCACAUAUUUUUGAAGGUACACGUUUUUGCAAACACAAUGUCAUGGGUAUUGUACUUGGAUUUAAGCACUUUCUGUUCUUGUGAGGAGUUUCAUGGAAAUUAAUCAAAUGCAUUUAAAAGCCAAGACUCAAAAUCUCAAAGUUGAUGGUCUCUUGGAAAUCAGAACAAAAGUGAUGCAAUUUUGCCUUUAGAUACUACUUGGCCUUUAAAGCUCUGGUCUCAAAGCACCUUAACCUUGACUUUCAUAUUCCUUGAGACCUGAUUUCUCUGCCCUGCCUACAUUUACCUGAUCUGAGGUGCUUCUGGACAAAGCAGCCAAGUCCUCUUUUCUCUGUGCAGUUCAUUAGUUUCAGUUCCAGUGGAUUGUACCUGUCAGUGUCAUUUCCUUCCCUCAUUCUUUGUGAUUUAGGACACAGCAGCUCUGCACACACCAAUCACCCACUUUGAUUUUUCUGCUUUACUGGACAUGGGAGAGAGAGUGAGUCCUUGUUGUUGCUUUAAAGUUUUCUUUGUAUGGGAGUUUAUUUAAAGUUCACCUCAGGACCCUCUGUUGGUGCUUUGUCCCCUGUUAACAGUGGCAGGGUUAGACAGGGCCAGCAGUGCCCCAGGGAGCUGUUCCUGCAGGCACAGCUGCUGCUCCAACCACACACGAGCUUCCCCUUGUCCUCAAUUGGAUGAAAACCAGAGUUUCAGCUGUGUAAUCUGUCUGGCAGAGAAGACACCCUCUCUCACUGAGGGAUUCCUCCUGCUCAGCCUCUUUUUUUGGCAAAUGAAGAGACCACUUUGCUCAUUCCUGUGUCUUAGGAAAGCCCUGCCCUCCCACUGAUGUGGCUGUUUGUGUGUGGGAACAGAACACCCAACACCCCUGUGUCAGGGACAAUGGCUGACAUGGGAUGCAGCAACGGGAGGAACCCCAAAAGCUGAAAUACCUCUUGUGCCUUCUCCUUUGACCAAUUGUUUAAGCUUCCUGCCUGAAAGGUGAAGCUGUUUGUGCCUCUACCCCCCACGUGUCCUCUGAGGCCUCGUGCUGGCGGUGCUGUGUCACCCCGUGCAGGACCUGCAGACAGGCACCUUAAACAACAGCUCACCCAGGAGUGUGAAGGCAAAUAAAGCUUAUCCAGAUGAGAUUAACCUCAGGUAACCUUGCAACUUCAUACAGAACAGAGAAACAAACCCAGGAAUAAAAGUGCUCUGUGUCCAGGUGGGAUGGUGUGCAAUGAGCACCUCAUUUCUUCUGGAAUGCUUCUGUGAGCCCAAACACCAACACUGCCCAGGACUGCUGCUGGUUAAACACUGAAUCUGCUUUCACAUUCUGCUGUUGUUUUAUAACCUGCUUCAGCCAACCCUUUAGCUUAAAAUCUGGCUGAAUAAUCAGGGAAUAGUCUUUUUCAGAGUCUGUUUUUCUUCCCUCUACGCUCCAGAAAUUUUUCACUAAGCAUCUUAACAUUAAAUGCAUUAGGUUUGUAUUGUGGCCAUGAUGCUUGCUGUAGUCUCUAGGUGCCCAUUUAGAGUUUAUCUUGCUCUUAUCUGCCUAAAGUGUCAUAAAUAAUCAUAUAAAACCCAAAAAAGGUUGAAGAGUCUCAUAUUUGUGCAUUUCAAAUCACACGGUGCAUUCUAACUAUUGAGAACAAAUGUGGGAAUAAAAAUGACUGCUUUUAACAUUUAUCUUUUUGUUUAUGCUAAGAAGAGAUUUCAAGUUCCUUGAGUGUUGAAUCUUAUUGAGUUUCUUGAAAUCAGCUUUUCUUUCUGUCUGCAAAAAUAAAAUUCAUGUGUAUCAUUCAUAACCUUUACAACUUCAUCCUCCCACCAGUGCAAAAAGCAGCUGCCUGGUAUCUUCUUCUCCCAGCUCCUCACUGUGUCACUCCAUGGCUCCUCAAAUGCCUUUUGGCUCAAAAGCAGCCCCCACUCUUAUCUGUAAUUAAUCUCCAGCUCUUCCCUUUCUAAUGAGUGUUGCUGCUUGUGCCUGUAUUGCUGUUAACCCCCUGUUUCUGUCCAGUCAGGGAGGUAUAAAGUUAUUGAACAGCACCAAGAAAUGCUAAAGGUCAUUCCCAAAUGCCUGUGCUGUGCUGGCUGUCUGGAGAUGGGCUAGGAAAUGGUAAAAUGUAUUUCCCACUCCUGUGAGUGGGGGCACUGAAGGGAUGAAGAACAUGAGAUUCCUCGAGCAGAGGAAGCUGGAGAGCAGGGCAGCACAGGUGUGCUUGGCAAACCCAGGCAGCAGCCUCUCAUCCUGCUGUGCCUGUCUGAUCCUUCCCAGGCCCACACUGUGACCAGGCUGUUAAACCAGGGGAGGAAGGGGUGUUAUCCCAAUUAAUGCAGCCUUGU